CUCCGAGCCAAACUAUUCACAACAAUCUCGAGUGGGAGUAUGGAACCUAUUGUUUACUAUAUACUGUCUCACGCUGAAGAUAAAACUUUUCUCCACGGAAAACUAGUCUCAGAAAGAGGAAGUUUCGUUAGCGACACUUGGUGAAACUGUCUCCUUAGCAAUGUCGUGUUUUUCAACGUGGGCGAGACCACGCUUAUAUGGAGAUGUUGUAUGGGAGUCGCGAAUGGGAAACAGGCUGCAUGGAGGAAGAGGGCUGCUGCUGCUUCGUAGAAGGAGAAGGAGAAGGAGAAGGAGAAGGAGAGGCAGGACUACAUCGGAAAAACGCUUUAUUUAACUUUCUCCGCCAGAAAGAGAAACGACUACGGCGAAUGGCCCAGUUUUUAGCCGCGGCGCUCCUACUGCUGGUUGCUUUAGUUCUGGCUUUGCUGGUCACGGUUGUGUUGGGAGUGCGAUGUCAUCAUCAGCCGAUGAUGCAGCCCGACAGCCAAGCAGGGGUCAGCGAUGGACAGCAGCAACCAAAAGACUUCAAGAAUCCAAGUGCCAUGCUAACAGUGCCUAGAGACAACAGCCUUGAUGGGGACUAUCUUACAUGGGAGAGUGAAGAUGGAAAUGCCUUCUGUCAUGGAGGUUUCAACUACUCCAGUGGGAACCUUGUAGUUCCCAGGAAGGGCUUCUACAGAGUCUUCCUGCAGAUCACCUAUGAGAGCAAGGAUGGCUUCAAGUGUCCCAGUGAUGAGGUGCUGAGACUCACCAACGAGGUGUUCGUUAUCUCGGAUAGUUACAAUGAGAAUAUAGCUCUCCUGUCAUCAGUCGACACAGUGAAUUGCAGCAUGAAACAGUGGAUUAAGUCCACCUAUACGGCCGGCUUGUUCCUUCUAGAUGCUAACAGCAGACUACGCGUGAAAUCAUCGUACCGUGACCUUAUUACCAAAAAAGAAACACAGGUGUUCUUCGGUGCUGAGCUGCUGCCGUAGCAACCUGGUCAGACAGUUAGAAGCUCUUAAAUCUGAUAUUGAAGUUGUUUGCACCUUCAAUUACAUGGAAACUAAAGAGAAGAUACCAGUGCAGUUUUACGGUUUUCAUUUACUACUAGUGCACUGCCUGUUUGGAACUGUCCGUUUUCUUGCCUCUGGUAUUGCUUAAAAAUUUUUUUAUUUGAACAACCCAGGGAUGUGAAUAAGCAUUUGGAAGGGCUAUUGCUCUUACCUGGACAAAAAAAAGACAGCCAAAGACAAUACAAACAAAGUAACACAACACAAAAUUGGAUGAUGUAGCUAUCUAAAUUGAUUCACUUUACUAAUGAUGGGCUUAUGCUAUUGAUGCAACAGCAAAAACAAGAAAAGAAAGAAAAGUUUAUUUCAGGCUCUUUCCCCAGAGGAGCAGCUGAGCCAAUAAGGGAAAACCAGCUGUUGCCCGGGUAACAAUAGCCUGUACUAAUGCGUGUCCCUGAAACAACCUCAUACUUUACAUACGCGUGAUUUGCUAAUAGCUAGCUAUUUUGGACAAAGCUAUUUCCUGGGAAUUUACUAAUGCCUGAAAAGUUUGAGUUUGCUACAAUGUAUCAUCUCCGCUCUUUCUUCCAUCAUCUGUUCUUAAAUGUACUGUAGCGAGCGACCGAGAGCAAGCUGUACUCAGCUGUUUAGUGGGGUAACAGGUAAUAGGGGUCCACGCUCAAUACACUACACAGUUUGUAUGCACUACCAAGCCCCAUGUCCCGUAUAUCUUAAGAGCUCGCACUCGACACUGCUCUUCCUUUGAUCUUCAGCAGCACGCCUGCCAAAUGUGAAGUCGAUUGGAUGAGCGGUUGUCGAGAAACCCAAAGGACAGACAGACAGACAGAGACUCCUUCCAUUUCAGUUACUGUAUGUAACUGCUCAUGAAAAGUCUAAACCCGGCAAUCAGCAGUAUCUUCUCAACUAAAGGUUUGUGAAAGUUAUAAGCUGCAUCGUUUGGAACUCAUUGAUACCAGCUCACAAAGACAUACUGAUGGCUAAAUAAUGAUUCAACUAUGAUUAGCUAUUCAAAAGAGCGGAUACUUUUUUUUUAAAACAUCCCUAGCAUUUGUAACUUUACAGCCUUUUGGCAGAAUACGCAAUGUCAACUGUAUUACAUAUAUCAUAUAACUUAUUUUAAAUGCUUGAAAUAAAAAACAACAAUUUUGUCACAAUGUUUAGAGCAAGUUGAUUAAUUGAUCAUCAGCAAAUUAACAAUUUGUUUUUUUUAAGUUGUUUAUAAAUUGUGGGAAAACUCUUUCUAGUAGGUGAGAUUUUUUUCUGUUUUACAUGAUUCAAUACCUUUGUGAUUUAAACUGGUUGUCAGAGAAAGUCAAAAAUUUCAAAAUUCAAACUUAAAAAAAGUAUUUUCCGACAUUUUCCCCCCCAAAAAAAGGAUUUACCAAAAAAUGAUGUCAUGGUAAUUUGUUUAAGUCAUAUUGGCAUUACUGUAGAUUAAAGCACAGAGAAUGAAAGCAUUAGGAUUUGGUCUUUGGGGAAGACAACUUUCCACAGUAAAUACUGCAGUCAGUUUUUCGAGAUGUUCAAAGCAUUUUGUGCUGGUGGGGGUUACAUCUUGUUUUGGACAGAUAUCUUGCUCUAAAAAGUUGCACAAACUGGCAAAUUGAUU